UUGAGGAAGAUCGUCACGUUCAUUUUGUUCGAUUUCUUGUGUAUAUAAGUGAUAGAUUUUACUGUUCGUAUAAUACAUGUCCAUACAAGGAUCUACUAUUCUACCUAAUCUCGUUUGGAUUUAUCCAUUACUGGUUUGGCGGUGAAUGUGAUGAUUUCAAAGAUAACUAUAGACGUUCGUACAUGAGAGGGACCGUCUAUUUGAAACGGAAUGCUGUAGAGAAAUGAAACGGUGCGAUCGCAAAGAAGUGAUUUCGUGAAUAUAUAUGUAUUCGAACCUAAAGAUGAUCUGCUCUAGUCUAUGUAGCUGGCCAAUCUUCAAUUCACUGGAAUCGAAGUUCGUCACCCAGAUUCAUAUGGUUUUUGUAUAUGGUACAUUGGGGAAUGAGGCCUUAAUCGUGAUGAAGGACAAGAUGGUGUAUGGCCUAGGUAAAAACGUCAACGGUUGUUUGGGAAUCGGGGACAAGGAUGCCACAUUAGAGCCACAAAAAGUAGAGGUUCUAUGUGGAAAAGAUAUAAAGACGUUCGCAUAUGGCAAUGGACCUCAUGUUUUGGCGCUCACAAAAGAAGGAGAACAUUGUCUUCAAAAGGUAUAUUCUUGGGGUUUCAACAAUCGUGGCCAACUUGCACAACGUGUGAAUAAAAAGAGUAGUCUGCAAGUUAUUAGUAUACCUACUCUAGUGCAACUGCGCACUCCGGAAGGCAGCCUGGGCAUGAAACGCAUUAUGAAUAUCGCGUGUGGCAGUAACCAUUCUGUUGCUAUAACCGAGGAUGGCGAGGUUUAUAUAUGCGGAGAUAACCGUUACAAUCAACUGGGAAAUGUAUAUUUUAACUCACCUGACAAUGAGUAUUUGUUCAGACCUCAAUUAGUAAAUGACAAUUCAGAUAGAAAGAAGAUUGUCCAUGUCUCUUGUGGCGGGGCAUUCACCAUGGCUAUCACUACAAGUUAUGAGGUGUAUGGUUGGGGCAAUAAUUCUUUCGGUCAACUAGGGAUAAGAGAAAAUUGCGAGACAAAAUACACGCCGCAGCGGGUCGAUUUGAAGGAAGGCCUAGCCGUAGUGAAAGUGGUCUGUGGAAUCGAGCACACGUUGGCACUCACAAACGAAAAGAAGAUCUACGCUUGGGGCAGAAACGAUGAUGGCCAAUUAGGGAUCGGCAGCAAAGAGUUUACUUUCCGUAGACCAAUCAUGUUGUAUUAUCAGAUUAAACACGAAACGGAGAUAAAAUGGAUUGACAUCGCAGCUUUGAACUGCAGUAACAUAAGCGUCGCCGUCAGUGAAGAAGGUCGUGUCUACGUAUGGGGUAACUGCCAUGGUGAAAAGAUCAUGACCCCAACUGUUACUCCAUUCUCAAACAUGCAUGAUGCAGUUGCGCGCUAUGGGCCCAGUGUUAUGCACGAACCACUGAUUCUGUAUGCGAACGGAGGACCGGGCAUAUUAGAAUGUUUGAAAACUGCUUUCAACGAUUCCUCAACGAGCGAUCUCAAAAUAGAAGUGGAGGGCCAAGAUAUCCAUGUGCACAAAGCAGUUUUGAGAAUCCGCUCUUUACAUUUUAAAACUAUGUUUCAACACAAUUGGAAAGAAAACAACCAAAGUAUUAUCAAACCUGGUCAAUUUUCCUACGUUGUCUACAAAGCCUUCUUGAAGUAUUUAUACACCGGUGUAAUCGAUUUACCUAUAGAGAAGACAUCAGAACUUUUGGAUCUAGCCGAAGAAUACUGCGAGAGCAAUCUUAAGCAGCACUGCAUUCAUAUGAUAAAGCAAGGAAUUACUGUAUCAAACGUCGCACACUUUUAUGCAAUUGCAGUGAAGUGUAACUUACUGGAGCUAGAAAAAUUUUGUGUCAAUUUUGCCAUUAAUCACACGUCAGCUGUGACGCAGACGGAUGAUGAUUUCGCCGAACUGAUCCAGAAAAUGAUGAAAACAUUUAUAAUGAAGGCAGGCAAGGUUGAUUUCAAAAAAUAAUCUCGUCUAUAUUUGCCUCAAAGGCGAACGCAUCAAUGAGGAACAGAAAUUACUGAUCUGACUGUUGCUACAGUUAUAUUUAUGAUAUAUUUUAUAAUUUCAUAUUCUGACCAAAUAUUCCGACAUUUUGUUUAUUGCAUUUCGCUAUUAGCAUCCUUUAAAUGAUAAAUAGAUAUGACUGCAAUAUGACUCCAGUUACGAAUUGUUUCAUGCGAGAGAUUCUUUCAUCGAUUUUAGAGAAUAUAAUCUUGUCAUUUUUCAAAACCUGAAAUUAUCUCAGAAAUCGCAUAAAAAAUAUAAACACACCAAGAGAAAUCUCGUGUUUACGAAGGCGCUGUUAUCUGUGUAAUGAGUUAAUUAAUAAGUUAAUUCUAUCGAACUGUUGUAAAAUUUUCAAUGAUUUCGUUUUCUUUUUACCUGUGAUAUAGCGUAUUGAUACAUAUUUACCGUGAUUCAAUCACAUCUGCUUUCCACCAAUUUUCUUUAUCAACUAUGUUGUAAAAUGUAAAUAAGUAUGUACAAUGUGAAAUAAAUGUUCUAAUAUUUAUCAUAAAAGUGUCUUAAACAUAUUUAAAGACAUUUUACUGUCAAUGCUGUGUCAUUAUGCUGUCUUUAUUUUUGUCGCUGUUCGAUAUUUUCUUAGGAUACAUUCAUUAGAAUAUAUAGUGUAGCUAUAAGAACGGCGAUAUGAAGCAGUGAAGAUAAUUGUAUUGAUUUCCAUGUAAGUGUUUAUAUUGAAGUACGCAGAAUAGACUUUCAUAGUUGAGCAUCGAUAAAAGUAUACCGAGAAGAAAAAAAUUUGAAUUUCUACACUAUUAUCGACUAUAACAAUGUUGUCCAGGGCCCUUAUUCUGUAACUUUCAAUGAUAGUUAUAGUAUCAUUACAUUGUCGUUGCGUGGGUUUUAUACAUGAUAAAAAA